AUGGCACUUUCAAAACCUGCUGAAUUUUUACAAGGAUUAGUAUUGACCUAUUUGGAACGCUUGAAUUCAAGACCUAUUCGCACAAAGUCAAUUACCAGUUGUAUUAUUGCGUCACUUGGAAAUAUUACUUUACAAAACAUUGCUGGAGCUAAGAUGAUUGACCAGGAUAGUGUUGUGGCUUUUGGAUUAUUUGGUCUUUUAUUUGGUGGCCCAGUACCACAUUUUUUCUACGAGUCAUUAGAAAGCACUUUUCCAGAAAAUUCAUCAAAAAUGGUUUUUUUAAAGUUUGGUAUUGAACGUUUAUUAUUUACACCAUUUUAUCAGUUCCUUUCGUUAUAUGUGUUGUCAAGAUUUGAGGGAAAAUCACAUGAAGAUACAAUGAAGCAAAUAUAUGCAAUUUAUUGGCCUAUAUUAAAAGCAAAUUGGCAGAUUGUCUCAUUGAUACAGUUUUUCAACGUUAAAUUUGUACCUCCAAUGCUACGAGUGUUAUUCCAUAACAUGGUUGGCUUCUUUUGGGCCAUGUUCAUUACAUACAAAAAACGCAAUGAUGAUUUCAGACGAGCCAAUAUUGUUAAAUAA